CAACAACAACGUGCUAUGAAACAUAUUAUUAAGUUGAAUCUACAAACUUUCUUAAUACUAUGACGUUGGUACCCUUUCAGUACGUCAGCAAUACGUCACGUGACGGCGACCUUGAAUCUUUUUCAAAAAGCGCGCAAUUCAAAAUGGCGUAUCCUAUUCUUUCUUACGAAGAGGCAAUUUCCAGUUUACGUCAAAUGUUUGACCUAAAUGUGUGCGAAGAGGAGCUCAGAAGACCCACAUCACAGUUCGUUAAGAAGCUUAUGCUAGACCUUGUUACAACAUCUCUUGGCAUAUCAAGGGAACAAAUGAUGCAGCCACCUUUCAAGCUGGUCAGUAUGCUUCCUUAUCCAGAUAUUUUAGAGGAAGGAGCAUCAUUUAUAUACUACACAUUGAUUGUACAAAGAUUCCUCCAUUCAUGUAUGGUGAAAGAUUUUUCGAAAAAUGAUCUUACAGAUCCAAAACCAAAACGUACUUUGAACAUCAUAAGUGCUGUAGUAAACUACGAGAAGUUCAAAGGAACUCAGAAUCAACAUUUCGAUCGAGUGACCGAAAAGAAGGAAUCGGUAGCGGAACAAAAAAUGCUUCUUCAGGAAAGAAACAAGGAACUUAAGGAAAAAAUUGCAAAAAUCAAAGCGGCUCGCAGCGUUGACGAAGAAAAGAUACAGCAGGUUCAGCCGAUUGUAGAAGAUCUCAAGAAAGAAGUGAAUGACUUGAACAUAAAACAGGCAUCAGACGUGAAAUACACACAGCAAUUGAAAACGGAAAUUGCCGAGCAGACAUCGAGUCAGGCCGAGUUAAAGGUGCUGAUCGCAAACAACGUUGAAGAAUCGGAGAAGUUAAAGGCGAAAAUCGUAACAUCUCCCGAAAAGUUUCUUGGAGAACUCGAUCGGAUGAGCACCGCCAUCGAGACUUGCAAAUUGGUCAUCGAAGAGAAAAGUCGAAUACUUCACGAGAAAAAAAAUUUGGAAGAAUCUCUCAACGUUGUUGAAGAUAAUUUUUGCACAGUUGAUCGGGUUAUCUCAUCAGUGCAAGAUGAAUUCGCAAAAUUGCAAAAUCGACAGAAAAAAUACCAAGAAAUACUGGAUGAGGCAGCCAUCAACAAUGAACAACUUGAACAUAUUAAUUUUGAACAAAAGAACGCCAAACGUCAGUUGACGAUGAUGAUAGAAAAAAAAGAUCGCAUGGAACGAGUUUAUGAAAAGAAACUGGCUGCGAAAAGGGACGAGCUUGAAGUGAACAAAAAGGAUGUUGAGAUGUUGCAGAAAAAAGGAAAACAGCUUCAAGAACAAUCUUCGACAGAUGAAGAAUUACAAGAAGUGUUAGCGAAGAUAAAAGCAAUGGAGGAAGACUACGGCAUGAAAAAGAAUUUAGUGAAAGAGGUCUACGAGCAGAUGAUAACCUCGCUGAACAAUUAUCACGAAGGGCUUAGAAAUGGCGCACAUGCUGUGCUGAACGCUUUUUCAGAUACUUAAGAUACGAAUAAUGCCAAUGAAGUGUUUGGAUGAGAUGAUCCGACGCCAAAUGAAGUAAUGUUAAAAGUUAAGUAAAUACAAACGAUAAAAGUUAGCGUGAUUUUGUUUAUAGCUGAAAAUAUUUUCCUCCGUUAUGUGUAUACUAUAAGAGAUUGAAGUAGAGUUGACAAAACUCGAUGAACUCAUAUUUAGGAACAGUAUCUUCAUCUUUGAGUUGAAGUUCAUUCAAAUAUAAAAAAAGCUCUUGCAAAUCAUUUAUUCGGUGUGAUCGUGGAGUUGUACACCAGCAUUCAAAAAUACCAUCUCACUUGAGAGUUUGUCGUAUACGUAAAAUAUAUUUCAGCUUUUAGUGCGACAUUUUAAACACCUUCAAAGCAAUAUUGAAUUUCAACUGACGAAUGCGCCACCAUUUCAACGCAUAUAGCAAUGACAAUUGAGCGGGGUUUUUUUUCGACUGCCAGUGUGACAGCAUGUACAUAUAUGUAUUUACUUAUUAUUAGACUUUAUUAGACUUCUACACUAAUGCGAUAA